AUGAAGGCGGAAACUAAUAAUGGAUACUUGAGGACAAACUCCGUACCCAAGAAUGCGGCUCUCUUGCCACCUGAUGAGCACGAAAUGCCGCACUCCACGAUGCUACAGGUGACGUGUGGACCAAGGGGUAGUACGACAACAACAAUAGUCCACCCUCAAGGGAAUUCCGGAAGAAUUCCGGCGAUCACGAGGGCCACUUCUGUUACGAGACGUCGACGAGGACCGACUAAUCGCCAACAACUACUCGGAGUCCUUGCCGUUACUUUACUCGCUACUAGUCUGUUUACUCUUUUGUUGCUCGCGUUAAAUCGGGGACGGGAGUGUAUUCGAGACUCACGACCAAAAGUUUGCCUGACUGAAGAAUGUAUCAAAACAGCUGCAAGCCUAUUGUCAGCGAUGGACAAAACCGCUGCGCCAUGCGUCGAUUUUUUUCAGUACGCCUGUGGCACGUGGAAUCACAUGCACGUAAUCCCCGAGGACAGAAGCUCCAUAAAUCCCUUUGAAGUGCUUUCGGAUCAGCUCAAAAUAAUCCUCAAACGUGUCCUCGAGGAGCCACCCAACAUCGAGGACAACAGUGCUACCUUCAAGGCCAAGCAGUUUUACAGAUCUUGUAUGGAUAUACCUCAAAUUAGGAAGAUUGGAGAUGCUCCCCUCAAAGAAACUCUAAAGCAGCUGGGAGGAUGGCCAGUGGUGGAAGGACCCAAUUGGAAGCCCCCCAAGCACAGCAUCGAAGUCCUCCUUGGACGUCUCCGGGCUGACUUCAACGAGGGGGCCCUCGUCGAGCCCUGGGUUGGUCCUGAUGAUAAAAACUCCUCGACCAACAUCCUCCAGUUAGAUCAAAUGCAAUUGGCACUGCCGAGUCGUGACUACUACUUGAACUCCAGCAGUGAACGAGAGCUACGUGCUUACCAUAAUUACAUGACGAAUGUGUCAGUACUCCUGGGUGCUGAGCCAAAAAGAGCUCGCACCGAGUUCGAGUACGUGAUUGCCCUCGAAAAGGAAUUAGCUAAUGCAUCAAUACCAGAGGCUGACAGGCACGACACAUCACUGAUAUAUCAGAAAUUAACGCUGAGAGAAUUGCAGCGUAAAAUUCCACAAGUCAAGUGGAGUCUGUAUUUGCAGCAGUUUUUAAAUGCUUCGGCUAUUACUGAUGAUGAGACCGUUGUGUCUUAUGCCAUGCCGUAUUUCGUGGAGAUGGGGAGAAUCAUAGAAAAAACGGAUCGAAGAAUUCUUCAUAACUACGUGCUAUGGCGUCUAGUCAUGUCAAUAAUGCCACACAUGAUCGACGAAUACCAACAGAAACGCGUGGAAUUCCGUAAGAUUCUGUCAGGUAUCUUGAGCGAACGGAACCGCUGGUCUCAGUGUGUCGAGUGGACCAACAAAAAGCUGGGAAUGGCGGUAGGAGCGUUGUUUAUCCGAGACAAUUUCAAUCACGAGAGCAAAGAAACUGCCCUUGAGAUGAUUCACACGAUCCGAGAAGCUUUCAAUGAACUUCUCGCUGAGAAUCAUUGGAUGGAUGAAGAGACUAGAACAGUUGCCAAGAGCAAAGCUGACUCUAUGAAUGAGAGAAUUGGGUAUCCUGAUUUUUUGAGGAAUUCGAAGGAGCUUUCGAAUGAGUACAUGAUGCUGAAUAUCACUGACGACCACUUUAUCGAGAAUGUUUUUGCGGUAUUGAAGUACGACGCACAUCACAAUCUUCAGAAGCUUCGACAGCCAGUGGAUAAGGACAAGUGGUCGACAGAACCAGCUGUGGUGAAUGCUUUCUAUCAUCCGAAUAAAAAUGAUAUUGUAUUUCCAGCGGGUAUCCUCCAGCCCAUAUUCUACUCGCAGCAUUUUCCAAAGUCCCUCAAUUACGGUGGAAUUGGCGUCGUCAUCGGGCAUGAAAUUACACAUGGCUUUGAUGACAAGGGACGACAGUUUGACAAAGAUGGUAACAUGAUGCAGUGGUGGAAUAAUGCCACCAUUAAAGCAUUCAGGGAACGUGCACAGUGCAUUGUUGACCAGUAUUCACGUUACAAACUCAAGGAUGUUAAUUUGUACGUCGAUGGACGGAUGACGCAGGGAGAGAAUAUCGCUGACAAUGGAGGGCUCAAACAGUCAUUUCGAGCUUAUAGAAAAUGGGUGUCAACGCAUGGUGAAGAGCCCCUCCUCCCCGGGAUAAACUUGACCCACGAUCAACUAUUUUUCCUUAAUUACGCACAAAUCUGGUGUGGCUCAAUGACCCCUGAGGAUGCAUUAACAAAAAUCCGUAGUAGUGUCCACUCACCUGGUCCAUUCAGGGUUCUCGGCCCCUUAUCCAAUAGUGAAGACUUUGCCAGGGCCUACAACUGUCCUCCGGGCUCUCCCAUGAACCCCAUGCACAAGUGCAGCGUCUGGUAAUCGUGUUCCGCUCACUCAAAACCAGGGGAUAUUCGAAUGUAUAGGAGUUACGAACAGAGAUAAUCAUUUACACUUGAGAAAUUGAUAAAAAUUAAUUAAUUAAGGAGGGGGAGAAGGAAAAAUGGGCAAUACCGAAAUAUUCACAUGUGUUUCUAGUGACUAUGAAUGCAAAUGUUCAUUAAUUCAUUGAUUUUUAAGUCUUCGAGACUGAAAUCGGUUGUAAGAUCACGUACUCUAGUUUUAAUCGAUUCCUGUCAUGGAGGAUGGGCCGGUGGUAAAUUAGUUCUUGGAUAAUUACGUUCUUCAAUGGUGAAAUGUAAUUGACAGGGACUAUUCCACUUGGAGGACCUCAAAAUCGUGGAUUAUUUAUCGCACCACAUUUGUUGAAUGAAGAAAGUACAUUUAAUAUAAUUUUUAAGAGAAAAUCAAAGUAAAAAAUGAUAUAUAUAUGGGGUAU